GACGCAGACUUGCAGUGGUUGUGCAGUCGCUGCACUUGUUCCAGAACUUUCAAUCUAGACGCGUUUACGGACAUACGAAAUGGCGAUGAAACUUAUCCUGCUAGUGACCGCAUGCCUUCUUCUGCCACUCGCAGACUGCAUGCGCAGGCAGCGCAGCAGUCACUUAAACCUGGAAGAAUACAGCCGGGAACGGCGCCGGAACCGGAUCGACGACUGCGAUGACGUCAGGACCCGGCAGACCAACCUGGAGAGGAACGUGCUGAGUAAACUGACGGCAUUUCAAGACGCGGUCAGGCUGUUGAGCCAGCAGGCCAUGAUACAGCAGGAGUUUGUGGAGGAGAGGAUUCGAUCCGUGGGCCAGUCUGGUAUCUUGAUAGUACGACGCGAUACCGAAGGAACAAGGAACUACUACAGUUCUUCGCAUAUCGAUACUGGGGUAUCGGGAGUUCACGAUCACAGCGACUACUACCAGCUGCUCGGCAUGGGAGAGGUGUGUGUGGUUAUAAAUGGCGUGGAGUUCAGAACGAGGCACAACGACUACAAGUUUAACCGUCCCUCCAGCAACAGCACGAAGUACCGAGCCGUUGAGAGCAUUCCUUUUCCUGAUGUACCAGUGGAGGUCACAAGCAAGGCAACCGUGGAGGAACAGAUCGUGGAGAUGAGGAAAUGGUUCGAGGCUUUUCAGCAACAGAACUCAAGUGUCCGAGACUACAGGCCCUACUUCAAGGCAAACAUCUGCUACAUGGAGGCGGCGUGGACCAAUGAUUCCGGUUCGGUUCUGACUGAGCCGUUCCAGAGUGACCGUCAUUACCUGAACGGCAGGAGCUGGGAUGACUUGAUGGCGAAGCUUCGGUACACGACCUACACCGGCAUCAAGGACAACUUUGAGAACCUCGGGUUCCUCCCCCGCAAGAUCAUGUCCGUAGACCCCGUCACCGGACUUCCGGUCUACGCCCAGUGGAACUACCGCAUCCUGUGUUUCCCCAUACCAUUCGAUCUCCCAACUAAGAACUUGAAACAAAGAGAUGACUUCCAUUGGCGCUACCCACGGAACGUGAGUGAACAAGAUGUAAAGAGCAAACGUGCGGCCAGAUUCCAUCUCAACGACGAGGAUAACGACGAUCAGUUCACCGACUACACGCUCUUGGACAAGGUGAUGGAGCUGGUCCCAGGCAUGGACAACAUCCCGUCCCCGGGACUGCAAGAACUUUACGGCGGUCCCUUGUUCUCUGCUUAUGACGGUGCUACCCCCAAGCCUUUGGCCCAGGGGUUCUAUAACAGGUGGUACAAGUUUGCUGUUGAUGGGGCUAUGGGCUCUGAUUUGGCCCACCGCGGUUUUAAUGACGAGUCGUUGUUCGUGGCACUCAACACACAGAAGCAGAUCGUGCCCAUGAGCAUUACGGACUGCAAGAACAACGUCUGCUCCACGUCGUCUGCACGUGUCAGCUACGCCAUCCCGCUGGAAGUGGUGUACAUGACGCCCCUCUCAAACUGGAACCCUUACAACAUCUGUUUCAAUAACACGAUAUUCACCCCAAUACCUGGAGUGGAGGAUGGUCUAACAAACGAAACGGCCCUGAGGUGUGCGUACCGCAACUUUUACUACCGGACCCCAGCCUCGUUCUUCACCAGUGGACCCCACGAGCCGGAUGACGCAGACACGCCCAGGGUCUCGUUAAAAGUUAGGGCAGGGGACGGUACAGUUGUUGACGUAAGUGUAAGUGGCACCCAGUUUUUCCUGCCGGAUAUCGGCGAGGCGAAGGAGGUCCGCUUGAGGUACCCGAUCCCUCCCAUCCACGGCGAGGGCAGCACCGUGUACAAGGAGGUCAACGCUCUCAGGGACAGGGUCAAGGUCAAUAUUCCCUUGUGAUGAGGUUCCGGGUCCUAGACGUACAUACUUUAAGUUUGUGACGUCACACAGAACCUAAAUAUAGAACAGUUCCAUGUCAAUGGCUUCCUCAGCAAUCCACCAUCCCAGUUUCUCGUUUUUUUUCUCUCCUGGGAAAACUCUACAUCUAUUAAUAUCAGUAUGGAAUAGAAAUAGUAACUCCACGUUCUUGACUCUGACCAAUAUUAUUAACUGUCUCGGGUGAAAUUCCAAUGAGUACUGGCUUUUUAAUAACAAUAAUAAACAGACAACAGACAAUAAUAAACAGACAACUCUGCUCAUGAUUAACAGUCACCUCCCCUUUUAAAAACCCUUGCGGUGCACUUUAUAAAAUGAACCCCAUUUCGUCCACUUUUUUUUGUAUUAUUUCAAUAGAUCUUUAUAAAUUAGAAUUAUAAGUAGCUAUUUUUAAAAUAAAUAAUUAAUUUUAGUAUUAAAAUUAAAUUGUUUUUUAAACAAUUGUAUUGUACAAACUAUGUUGGCAUUUGAUGUACAUAUUGUAUGUUCACGUGAAUAAAUAAACUAAGAGGGUCU